AUGCGCCAAUUUGUUGAGACGAUGUGUAAUGGUGAGUUCUUUAACAAAGAACCAGAAGAAGCAUUUGAGUAUUUCGAUUAUUUGUCUGAAAAUGCACAGUCUUGGGACACUGCUGAUAGUAUUAAUAGACAUGAGACUUCAAGACAUGUUGGUGGGGGUGGGAAAUAUACCUUAAGAGAUGAGGACGAUUUGCAAGCUAGGUUAUCUUUAAUUUCAAAGAAAUUAGAGACUAUUGAGUUGAAAAAAGUGAAUGAGGUGCAAGUUGUACCAAGAGUGGCAGAAAAAUGUGGCAUUUGUGAAGAUCAAGGACAUUCCACAAAUGAGUGUCCUACAAUUCCUGCAUUUAAAGAAGUUUUAUUAGAUCAAACUCACAAUGUUAACAUGGUUUCUAAACCUUUUUCAGGGCCAUACUCGAACACUUCCAAUGCUAGAUGGAGGAAUCAUCCAAACUUCAGUUGGAGAGGUGAGCACAGCAAUGUUCUUGCUGCACCUACAGCAGGACCAGCAAAUUUUGCAGCAUAUGGAGCUCAUCCUGGUCCAUCUUAUGUUCCCCAUCCAAGUCAAAGUUCACAAUUCAGUACACAACCAGCUCAAGCACCUAAAAAGGGACUUGAAGAUACAGUCCAGCAGUUGAGUGUGAUACUUCAACAAUUCAUGCAAGGUCAAGCAACACUCAACAACCAGAAUUCAUUAGCAAUUAAUGACAUAAGGACUUCCAUCACAAGGCUGACUACAUCUUUAUAUACUCAAGAGAAGGGUAAAUUUCCUGCACAAUCACAACCAAAUCCACAAGGGCAACCUCAUCAAGUGCAAGCUAUAAAUGAAGAUCCUAACUUAAAGUUAGUCAAAGCAGUGACUACUUUAAGAAGCAGUAAGGUGGUGGAUAUUCCAGCACAUGAGCCAUACAAUUCUGGUAAGGUUUCUAACCCUUCCAAAAAAGAUGGAAAGCAUGUGUCUGAUGAGCAUGAGAAAAUUGAUUGUCCUAUACCUGCUCCUUUUCCUCAGCAAUUAGUUUCAUUGCAUAAAGAUAAGCAUCAUGCUGAAAUUCUUGAGAGUAAUACACCACCUAAAUACAAGGAUCCUGGAGCACCUACAAUUGCUUAUGUGAUAGGAAAUUCAAAAAUUGGUCAUGCUUUGUUGGAUCUUGGUUCAAGUGUCAACUUUUUGCCUUAUACUGUGUAUGAACAACUUGGUUUAGGUGAACUGAAAUCCACACCUAUCAUUUGGCAACUUGCUAAUAGAUCUAUAAAAAUGCCUAGGGGUAUAGUUGAUGAUGUUUUGGUACAAGUUGAUAAAUUUUACUAUCCUGUGGGUUUUGUGGUGCUUGAUAUGAAAUUGUCAUCUCUAUCUACUUUCCAAGCCCCUAUAAUUCUUGGUAGACCAUUUCUUGCUACAUCUAAUGCAUUAAUCAAUUGUAGAAGUAGAAUUUUGAAAUUGAGUUUUGGAAACAUGACAUUGGAGCUGAAUAUCUUUAAUACUUGUAGGCAACCUUGGAAUUUAGAAGAAGUUCAGGAAGUUAAUUUGCUGGAAAACAUCCUUGAUGAGGAUUUUUACUUGAAUCUCCCUUCCACUGAUUUACAAUUGUCAUUAGAAGGUGUUCUAAGUGAUUUAAAUAUAUUUGAUGACACUUCUAAUGUCUCUUUUGCAGGAAUUGGACAUUGUGUGCUUUGGCAACCAAAGUUUGAAGAGUUGCCACCUUUGACAACACCUAUAAAGCCAUCUUCAGAUGUGAUUCUAGAUAUGGACCUCAAACCUCUUCCAACUGGACUUAAAUAUAUUUUUUUGGGACUCGACAACACUUUUCCUGUGGUAAUCUAUUCUACACUCACUCUUACUCAAGAAGAAAAAUUGAUAGAAGUGUUGAAAAAGCAUAAGGGGCAAUUGGGUGGACAAUAA